AUGAACGCGUCGCAGUUCAUGGACAAGCAGAUCCUCGGCCUCGCGGCGGCGGGCGCCGCGUCGUCGCCUCCCUCAGGCGCCGGCGCCGGCGGGGGCGGUGGCAGUGGCGAGCUGUUCGAUCUGAUGGGCCCCAACCCGCAGGAGGAGGACGUGGUGGAGAGCCACGACGACCUCCACGCGCGCCGGGGCGGCAGUGGCGCCGACGAGGUGGUGAUGCCCAGCUACGACUUCCAGCCCAUCCGCACCGCCGCUGCCCCGGCGCCCGCCGCGUCGGCCCCCGCGCCGAACGCUUGGGGGUCGCUCGACUCCAAUGCCGCGUCUCCCACCCUUAAGAGUGCUGCUAUAGUGGAGCCUCGUGUACUAAAGAAACUUAGUCAUGAAGAAGAAAGGAGCAACUUCAAUGCAGUCACUAUAGCAGACAUUGAUCGCACCAUGAAGAAAUAUGCUGAUAACUUGCUACAUGCACUGGAAGGUGUAAGUUCAAGACUUGCACAGCUGGAGGGCAGAACACACCAUCUCGAGGGUUCUAUUGGCGAGUUCAAGUUAACAGUUGGUAAUUACAAUGGCAGCACUGAUGGAAAACUAAGGCAAUUUGAGAACACACUGCGGGAGGUUCAAGCAGGUGUGCAGAUUUUGCGUGACAAGCAGGAAAUUGUUGAGACCCAGAUCCAACUUACAAAGCUUCAAGUAUCUAAAGCGGAGGAUGUUCAGCCAGAAAAUGCCAGUGCUGGGCAGAUAGACUCACAGCAGCAGCUGACUGCACCUCAGCCAACUGUUCAACCACAAUAUCAAGCCCAGCCCCCUUCCCAACCACCAGCACUCCCUACUCUUCCUGCUCCCAAUGCGCCACCACCACCGAUGGUUCACAACCAACCUCCACCACAAUUCCAAGCUCAAUUACCGCAUCACCAGAUGCAACAAGUGCCACCAGCUCCAUCUGUGCCAACCAUGCCGCAGGAAUCCUACUAUCCCCCACCUGCACAGCCAACAGAGGCUGCACACCAGCAAUACCAAGCACCACCAGCCACGCAGCCACAAGCACAUCCAGCAGCACCACAGCAUUAUCAACCCCCGCCUCAGUAUGCUCCAUACUCUCAACCUCCACCGCCUGGAAGUGUUAACCCCCAAACUGCAGCCCCACCCUUGCCCCAACAGCAAGAAGAACCAGCACCUUAUGGGCCUCCUCCUCAGAGCUAUCCACCAAAUAUGCGUCCACCGUCCCCGUACAUGCCACCACCCGGCGGACCUGCUCCUCCUUUCUACGGGCCAAAUCCUGGCAUGUACGAGCCGCCAGCAAUCAGGCCUAACUCUGGGCCACCACCAUCCUACAAUGCUGGAUACAAACAGCAGGGAGGCGGCGGUUAUCCUGAGCAAUAUGGUUACAGUGGGUCUCCGUCUCACCGUGGUAAUGCCGGAGUGAAUGCGCCCUCACCCUUCAGCCCCACAGGAGCCCCUUCUGGCGGCAGUGGCAACUACGGCAAGCUCCCUACAGCUCAGAUACUACCCCAAGCAGCACCUGUGAGCUCUACAUCGAGCGCCUCCUCCGGCAACAGAGUGGCGGUCGACGAUGUGGUGGAUAAGGUUUCUACCAUGGGUUUCUCGAAAGAGCAAGUGAGGGCUACUGUGCGGAGGCUGACGGAGAACGGUCAGAACGUGGAUCUGAACGUGGUGCUAGACAAGCUGAUGAAUGGCACGGACGCGCAGCCUCCCCAGAAGGGCUGCGGCGACCCGACCAUGUACGAGGCGUUCUGGAGGGAGGCCGGGGAGCGGGCGGCGGUGGUGAUCCCGGGGUGGUGGGGGAUGAGCUACACCUCCGACGCCGGGAACCUCUGCUGGUUCCUCGAUCCGGAGUUUGAGCGCGAGGUGCGCCGCCUCCACCGCCUCGUCGGCAACGCAGCGGUCGACGACGGCUACCACCUCGUGGUCGGCACCGGCGCAACCCAGCUUUUCCAGGCGGCCAUGUACGCGCUGUCCCCCGCCGGCGGCGACCGGCCCGUCGGCGUCGUGUCGCCCGCGCCAUACUACUCGUCGUACCCGCCGCAGACGAACCUCCUCCUCUCGGGGUACUACCGGUGGGCCGGCGACGCCAACGCCUUGGACGGCGGCAACGACGGCCACAUCGAGCUGGUCUGCUCGCCCAACAACCCGGACGGCGCCAUCCGCGACGCCGUGCUGAGCGGCAAGGCGAUCCACGACCUGGUCUACUACUGGCCGCAGUACACGCCCAUCACGGGCGCCGCCGCCCACGACAUCAUGCUCUUCACCGUCUCCAAGAUCACGGGCCACGCCGGCACCAGGCUCGGGUGGGCGCUCGUCAGGGACCGCGACGUGGCCAAGAAGAUGGUCUACUUCGUUGACCGGGCCGCCAUCGGCGUGUCCAGGGACUCCCAGCUCCGCGCCGCCAAGCUCCUCGCCGUGGUCUCCGACGCCUACGACAACGCCGACAGCGGCGGCGGCACGCGGCUCCGCCUCUUCGACUUCGCGCGGCAGCGCAUGGCAGAGCGCUGGCGCGCCCUGCGCGCCGCCGUGGCGGGCACCGGUGCCUUCAGCCUCCCGGAGGAGACCACCGGCUACUGCAACUUCACCAAGCAAACCGUGGCGGCUUACCCUGCAUUCGCGUGGCUGCGCUGCGAGAAAGACGGCGUGGAGGACUGCGCCGAGUUCCUGCGCGGGCACAGCAUCGUGGCGCGGGGCGGGGAGCAGUUCGGGGGAGACGCCAGGUGCGUCAGGGUCAACAUGCUGGACAGGGACGGUGUAUUCGACAUACUCAUACGGCGCAUCUCCUCCAUAACAUUAUCACCAUGAUUAUGCACAAUCAGACUGGAUUCCAGGACAGGAUUUUGAUAAUCUCAUCUGCUUAGCUAUAGUUUCUUGUACAUGAUGAUUGGUGCGAGUUUAUCCAAACGCUGAAUUUUACAAUGGAUCGUGUCCUUGCU